AUGUCAGACCAAGAGCCAAAGAAACCAAAAAACUUGCAUAUUGCUCAUAGACGCUCUCCGAGCGAACUCACCACCUUGAUGGUUGAACAGUACAACCUCCAGCGUCAAUUGGAGGCAGUGCAGGCCCAGCAAAAGCAGAUCUUGCAACAACAACUGCAACAAGCACAGUACUCGUACCCACCGAAGUCCAACGCUGAGUUGAUGCCUCCGCCUUCCUCCAGCUUCCGUGGUCCCACUCAGCAUUCCAAAUCAGCAUCCUUCUCGAACAACGGACACAGAAGAACAGGAUCCAAUAGCAACAGCAACAACGCCAACAAUGCUACUAAUAAUAACAAUCUUGCGGUGAACAAUGUGAAUGGCCACAACAGAAGACACUCAUUGGGAUUAAAUGAGGCCAUCAAAGCAGCUGCCAACCAAAGGCAAUCUAACCGUUCUGCAGUCACAGGAGGUGUCAAUUCGUCCCCACCACCACCGAUUUCAUCUUCAUCAAAUAAUGAGGAAAAUCUUGGUUCAUCUUUCAAAUUCCCAGCGGAACCAGCAUCUGGUAGUAGCAGCGACUCUCCAACUUCGCCUAGUGGUAGACCAUUAGCAUACGGACAACCAUCUUUCAAGUUUCCACCCGAAUCAGCAGCUCCUGCUGCUAGCAACAACCCUAAUACAUCUCCUUCGUUACUCCCUCCAACACCCAAUUUUGAUAUCACCACUAGUCCUGAGAGAUCUAACAGUGGUAGUGGUGCUUCAGGUUCGGGCCACCAAAGACGAAAUUCGCAUUACCGUUCAAAUUCCAGAAACUUUGACCCCAAUGGUGCAGUCAAUAUGAACCUUAACUGGAGACUGCAACAGCAUCAACGUCAACCCUCUCAACAACAAGGGCAGGGACAGAAUCAAGUAAACAACUAUGCACACACUCUUGAGCCUCCAUCCUUUGUACCAGGACAUAAAUCUAGAAACAGCUCUUACGGGGGAGGGUCUUCUAUUUCUUCCUUGUCCCAUUUCAUGCCCAACAACUCUCAGAAUAACCAGAAUUCAAACUCCAAUGGCCGUAAGUCACUUUUUGCCCCUUACUUACCUCAACUGCCGCUUCCGGAUCUAAUUGCAGACGGCAGACUUGUAACAGGUACAUUAAGAGUCAAUAAGAAGAAUAGAUCUGACGCUUACGUCUCUACUGAUGGACUUUUAGAUGCAGAUAUCUUCAUUUGUGGGUCUAAAGAUCGUAAUCGUGCUUUGGAAGGUGAUUUAGUUGCCAUUGAAUUGUUGGUUGUAGAUGAAGUUUGGGAAUCAAAGAAGGAAAAGGAGGAGAAGAAGAGAAGAAAAGACAAUACCUUUUCCAAGGGCCCAGCUUCUGUAUUGAAUGAUGACAUUCAUAACGAUGCCACCAGUUCUACCAAGAACAAUAAUGAAGACGACGAUAAAGUAAUCGAUGGCGAUGAUUCCAAUCCCAAUCUCACCAGAAGAGGAUCCCUUAAGCAAAGACCAACCAUGAAGAAGAAUGACGACGUAGAAGUGGAAGGUCAAUCCUUGUUACUUGUUGAAGAAGAGGAAAUUAAUGAUGAAAUCAAACCACUUUACGCAGGUCAUGUUGUAGCAGUUGUUGAUAGAAUCCCAGGGCAGUUAUUUUCUGGAACUCUUGGAUUAUUGAGGCCUGCUCAAGCUGCACAAGUUGCCAAGGAUAAGAAGAAUGGAAAAGAGCUGAAUAUUCAAACACCCAAGUCACCUAAAAUUGUGUGGUUUAAGCCAACUGACAAGAAAGUUCCACUUAUUGCCAUUCCAACGGAGCAAGCACCAAGAGAUUUUGUUGAAAAUCAUGAAAAGUAUCUGGAUCAACUAUUUGUUGCCUCCAUCAAAAGAUGGCCAAUCACCUCUUUGCAUCCAUUUGGUACUUUAGUGAAUAAAUUGGGAUCAAUUGACGACUCAAAUACUGAGAUUGAUUCAAUUUUAAGAGAUAACAAUUUUUCAUGUGAUGAGUAUGGUGAAAUUGAUAACGACGAAGAAGAAAGCAAUGCGAUUAUUCAAUCUUAUAUCAAAGAUUUGCCAAGUGCAGAGGAUGAAAUCUUGAACCAAGUGAACCGUGUAGAAUAUCUCAAUGAAUACGUGAUCGCAUUUUCACCAAACGGCCAGUUCGUUGAUCACGCUUUACAUGUUAAAAGAUUGUCAAACACCAAAAUUGAAUUGGGAUUUCAUUCCGUCGAUGUAUCUUUCUUCGUUAAACCAGGCUCAGUCCUUGAUAGAAAAGCAAAGAAGAGAUCUUCACUGGUUUUCCUUCCUCAGAAACAGAGUCAUUUAUUACCUCCUCAAGUGAAUGAAAUUAUAUCGUUCAAGGAAGGAGAAAAGAAUUUGGCUGUAUCUGUUAUUUUCGAAAUCGAUACUACGAAUUUCGAAGUAGAAGAUUUAUAUAUCCAUGAAAGUAUAAUUGUUCCUAAGCAAAUAGUUUCAUAUGAUGCAUUUGAUACCAUUUUGAACAAUGACUCCAACUCAAAAGUCGUCUCAGAGUUGUCAAUUUCUUCUGCUACUUGUGAUUACAUCAAAACUUUAUCAUUAAUUGCCAGAGAAUUCCGUAGACAAAGAUUGGACAACAAAAGUUUGAAUAUAUCUCCAAACUUGACUUUAUUAGAUCAAUUGGAUGAUGAAAGAGUCAGAUUGGAUUUGAAUAUUUUCAAAGACAGUUCGGCAAAUGAUAUUAUCUUAGAAAUCAGCCAUAAAGUCAAUGGAGCAAUUGCUGCCAAGAUUCAUGCUGGAUUAGGAGAUUUGGCAAUGUUGAGGCGUCAUGCUUUACCGACAUUGCAGAAAAUGGAAGUUUUUGUUAGAAAGGCUAAUAAUUUGGGAGUUAAGAUCGACACAACAAAUGCAGCUACUUUACAAAAUUCUAUUAUACAAAUUGAUGAUCCUGUAAAGAGGCAAUGUAUUGAGAUCUUGUUAUUCAAAUGUAUGUCAAGAGGAAAAUAUUUUGUUGCAGGAAAGCAGGAUCCUGAUUCUUAUGGACAUUACUAUUUCAACUUACCUUUAUACACUCAUUUCAAUGCCCCUAUUCGUAGAUACGUUGAUAUACUUGUUCACAGACAGUUGAAGUCUAUAUUGAAGAAGGAUCAACCUAAUAAUGGCAGUACGGGAAUUUCAUUUGAUUUAGAAUCAUUGAAAGCUACUGCAGAUUAUUGCAACUUUAAGAAAGACUGUGCUGCCAAUGCCCAAGAACAAGCCAUCCAUUUAUUAUUAUCCCAAACAAUUGACGACCUUAGUCAAGUUUCAGGACAAUUACUUUGUAUGGGGACUGUUAUUCAAGUUUAUGAAUCGUCGUUUGAUGUAUUUAUUCCUGAAAUUGGAGUUGAGAAGAGAGUGCAUGGAGACCAGUUGCCAUUAGUGAAAGCGGAGUUCGAUAAAAAUGAAAGAAUCUUGGAAUUAUUCUGGGAGAAGGGAGUCGAUCUGGCAACUUAUAUACCCCCAGAUGAAAAAUCUUCAUUAUCUUACCGUAGUUCAAUUAAGAAUAAACACAGAACUUCUGCUGUCGAAGCGGCUAAGUUGCAAAUUUCAAACAGCAAGGCAGACGAGAAUACAAUAAUUGAAAAAUUAUCUAAAUUCAACUUAAGUCCUCCUGUAUUGAAGAUUCCAUCCAUUAGAACUGACAGUGUUGCGGAUUUACUUGAUGAAAACACUACUAAAUCUAUGCCAUCUUCGCCAUUAAAGUCAGACUACCCAAAGAAUUUGAGGACUUCAUCCUCAAACUCAGUUGCAUCCAAGAAUCCAUCGGACGUUGAUAGUGGAGUACCAUCAGGUUUAAGGCCAUAUUUACAAGAUGCUGUUGUUAGAGAAGAAAACAAUCAUUGUAUACAAGAAAUUAGAGAAUUGAAGCAAGUUCCAGUUCUCAUUCGUGCAGAAAUUGGAAUGGCUUUACCAUGUUUGACUGUGAGAAUAUUAAACCCAUUCUCAUAA